ACAGAGCAAGAUUAGACAGUAAGAGAGAUGGGCUUGACUAAUAAUAGCCUCCACUGACAAAAGAGAAAGAGAGAGCGAGACAAUGGGUUGGUGCAGUUAUAUAGAGGGACACCGGAAUCGUCGGCCUCAUCUCUGUUCUGUCCAUCCUGCCUCUGCUGCUGCUGCAUCUCUCCCCGCCUCUGACACUGAUCUCAUCAGCAGGAUGCCUGAGCAUGUGCAAGAGAGGAAACCAAAGAUCUCAGCUUCAAGGAAGCUGAUGCUCAAGAGUUUGAUGGUGGCAAAGGCCAAGGAGGAAUUGGAGCAGGAGAUCCUGGAUAAAGAUGAGGAGAAACAUAACUAUCUGGCAGAGAGAGCUCCUCCUCUGAGCACCAGUGGUCUGAGCCUUGCACAGCUUCAGGAUCUCUGCAGAGAGCUCCAUGCCAAAAUAGAUGUGGUGGAUGAGGAACGGUAUGACAUCGAAGCCAAAGUCAUGCUCAACACACGUGAGAUUAAAGAUCUGAACAUCAAGGUGUUGGACCUCAGGGGGAAAUUCAAGAGGCCUAGCCUUCGACGUGUCCGUGUGUCUGCUGACGCCAUCCUCCGCUCGCUGCUGGGCUCCAAGCACAAAGUCUCCAUGGACCUGCGAGCCAACCUCAAGUCUGUCAAGAAAGAGGACACUGAGAAGAAGAGGCCGGUAGAAGACAGUGACUGGAGGAAGAAUGUGGAAGCCAUGUCAGGGAUGGAGGGAAGGAAGAAGAUGUUUGACGCUGCUAAGGGUCCUGCCCAGUGAACCUAGAAGGUGGGCUGCUCUCACGUGAGAGCCGGCCCUCGUUCUGCAUCAGUUGGUUUUGUUUUUUGCAGCUUCUGCAUUUCUGUCUCAUGAGGUCAUCCCUGUAAUGCUCCUGCUGUGGAGGUGAGACGAUGUCCCCAGACUCCUGGAAUGUUUUUCUCUCAUCUGUUUGCUGUUCAUUGAUUUAGGUGUUAAAAACUACUGUAUCUAUUAUUAUCUAAUUAUAUACAUUGUUCUCAUAACUGAUAUUGCACCAGAAACCUGAGGUAUUUUUGGCUUCUUAUAUUUGCACAGAAAUGCCAACGUGUGCAUCUCAUAGCUCAAGAGUGGGUAGUAUUGUGACUCAGUCACCAGGCCUAAUGAUAUUAUAGCCAAUGAUUUGAUAUUCUUGCACUUCAUCUGCUGUAUUUACAUGAAAACUCACAUCACAAUAAAACACACAAAUCUAAUCAAA